AUGACAAACGGUGGCAUGGUUUCGUUCCAAGUCCCGAUGCUUAAGGAAAGCAUCUACGACAAUUGGAGUAUCAAGAUGAAGGCACUCCUUGAAGUGCAUGACGUUUGGGAGGUUGUGGAGAAAGACUACGAUGAGUCAAGUGAUGAGUCUGCUCUAUCCACAACACAAAAGGAUAGCUUACGAGACUUGCGAAAGAGAGACAAGAAGGCUCUCUUCCUCAUCUAUCAAGCUUUAGAUGAAGAUGGUUUUGAGAAGAUCUCAAGUGCUAAUUCGGCCAAACUAGCAUGGAAGAAGCUCGAGGUUUCGUAUAAGGGAGAAGAGAAGGUUAAAAAGGCAGAAACGGUUGCAUGUGCUGUUUAUUUGGCUAACCGAUCACCAACAAGAAGUGUGUUGGGAAAGACACCACAAGAAGCAUGGAGUGGAAGGAAGCUCGGCAUCUCUCAUCUACGAGUUUUUGGAUGCAUAACUCAUGUACACAUACCCGACGAGAAAAUAAGUAAGCUGAAUGAGAAGAGCGAGAAGUUCAUUUUCAUUGGUUACGACAACAACUCAAAAGGCUACAAGUUAUACAAUCCAAAUACAGGGAAAAAAAUCAUCAGUAGAGAUGCCAUAUUCGAUGAAGGUGAAGAAUGGGACUGGGGACUACAUGCUGAGGACUACAACUUUUUCCCAUACUUUCAAGAAGAAGACGUAGAGCAGUCAAGGAUCGAGGAAGAAAGAGAAGAAUCUACUACUCCACAAACAACAAGUAAUCAAAGCAACUCAUCGUCAUCAACUUCAAGAGAAAAUUCAAGUGAAAGAGUACCAUGCUUCAGAAGAUUAGAGAUCUUUAUGAGGUAA